ACACAAGACACCCUCGACAGGGCAGUAGGCUACAGGUGGUUGUGCGCCACGCGAAAAGGAGGUCUACUAUGCGAAUCCACAAGUGGAUUUAACUUUGCGUAAAAACGCAAAAGAAGUGAAUUUGUGUGGACCGUCUGCAAGGACAACACUUGGAUAGGCUACUUCUUCUCGUAACAUGUCAACCUGAACAGCAGAGACGGGUGCAGAAGCCAUGAUUACCCUCAGCACUGCUCACUUGGGUGACCAAGUUCGUUGGAGAGUUCGUCAAAGUUGGGGACGCACACUGCCAGCUCCAUGAGGGCGCAAUGCCUUUCCCUGUUUGAACGGUUUUAUAAUUUUGUCUCCAAAGAGUCAACACAAUGUUGUCAAGAAAAAACAUUCCUAGUGAUUUUGUCUUGACUCGGCUGGCAGAGGACCACUUUCAGCCAAGGCAUGCAGGGAAGCAAAGAAAAGCCAGAUUCGUUGAUAAAGACGGGGGUUGCAAUGUUGCUCACACCAACAUAAGAGAACAAGGACGGUUUUUGCUCGAUGUUUUUACGACUUUAGUCGACCUAAAAUGGCCACAUACUCUUUUGAUAUUUACGAUGACAUUUCUAUGCAGUUGGCUUUUGUUUGCUAUGAUCUGGUGGCUAAUUGCUUUCGCACAUGGAGACUUGCAUGAGAACGAAGACGAUUUUAUUCCGUGCGUCACGGAUAUCGAUUCCUUCGCCUCCGCUUUCCUUUUCUCAAUCGAAGUGCAGGUAACCAUUGGCUUUGGUGGCCGCAUGAUCACCACAGAGUGCUUCUCUGCUAUUGCCAUUCUGAUUAUUCAGAACAUAGUGGGUUUGGUCAUCAACGCAAUUAUGCUGGGCUGUAUUUUCAUGAAGACCGCACAAGCCAAUAGGCGAGCGGAGACGCUCAUUUUCAGCAAGCACGCCGUCAUAUCGCUGAGGAAUGAUAAACUGUGCUUCAUGAUGCGCCUGGGAGACCUCCGGAAAAGUAUGAUCAUUAGCGCAUCGGUGAAGAUGCAGGUGAUCAAAAAGAACACAACAGACGAGGGCGAAGUAAUCCCUCUCCACCAAAUAGACGUGGACCUGGAGAAUUGUUCGAAUGGCAUCUUCCUUGUUUCACCCAUAAUCAUAACUCAUGUAAUUGACGAAAACAGUCCUCUGUAUGACAUGUCGGAAAUGGACUUGCAAAGUGAGGACAUAGAAAUUGUUAUUAUUCUAGAGGGUGUUGUGGAAACUACUGGCAUCACGACACAAGCAAGAACGUCUUAUUUGUCCGAUGAGAUUUUCUGGGGACACAGAUUUGUCCCAAUCGUCACUGAGGAGGAAGGAGUGUAUGCGGUCGAUUACUCUAAAUUCGGAAACACCGUCAAGGUGCCCACACCAACGUGCAGUGUCAAAACAUUGAAGGAGGGGGGCGUGUCUGAGCGACUGUUACGGGUAGGGAAACUGCGGAGUACUGUCAGACGUCGACCCCCACCGGGGGAAGGAUUGUCUUUUAACUGAAUUUAAAAGAUCAGUGUUAAAUGGGAGGAUGUAUGGGACCUAUAUGCCACUUACGCAUUUUUGUGAAGGAUAUGCGUGCCAAACUUGACUCUUCCAUAAGGCUGCCCAUGUGUUUCAUGACAAGGCUGCAUCAUGGUUGUUUUUUAAGUACUUGCACUGAUUUUGUUUUUUAACUGGGUGAAAAACGGUUUAGAGUCACUGAAAAUGUUCUUAGGCCAAAUGUAUGUUUAUCAAUGUGUUAAAAAAUGUAUAAAAAAGACAAAACUGA